CAAUCAUUUCCAAGCCGGGACUCGAAGUGACAACGUCUCAUGGCCGGAGUCCGCCUCGCUUUGCUUUAAACUCUCUGUGGAUCUAUUGGGUGGACUGAAAACGGGCUCUCUGUGUGUGUCUCUGUGUUUUUUAAUCCCUGUCAAGGAGGAAGAUAAUAUCGGAUCUAUGAAAAAACCCACGUGGAUUUGUACAAUAUUUUUCAACCAGAAGGAAUGCAUAUUUUUCUGCUAGUGAAACUAACUUUCCUGCUGUCGCUGAUAGGAAUAGCACGAGGUCUGAGAUGCUCCAUGCCCACGGAGUCAUGCUUGAACCAAGGGAGGUGUGAAGCAACUCCAGAUGGCAACGGAGAGUGCAAAUGCCGAGAUGGAUACGUAGGGAGCAGGUGCCAGUUUCACGACCCGUGCAACAACACGCCAUGCAUGAACGGAGGCACUUGUCGCGCAGUCUCCAAGGGCAACACGGUGGACUUCAACUGCACCUGCAGAGUGGGCUACACCGACCGCCGCUGCAUGACGGCCGUCAACAUCGCCUGCCUCAGCUCGCCGUGUCGCAACGGAGGCACCUGUGAGCCGGAUGGUCUACAAAGGUACAGGUGCCGCUGCCCACCUGGAUGGACAGGUAAAGACUGUGCAACAGCCGACCCGUGCGCUUCCAAUCCGUGUGCCAACGGCGGGCGUUGCACCUCCGUGGAGUCCACCUUCAUCUGCACAUGCACGCCGUUCUUCUUCGGACAGACGUGCAAACAGGACGUCAACGAGUGCGACGCCAACCCACCGCGCUGCAAAAACGGCGGGACGUGCAUCAACGAGGUCGGCAGCUACCGAUGCCAGUGUCCUCCGGAGUACACGGGGAAGCACUGCGAGAGCCGGUACCUACCCUGCAACCCGUCGCCCUGCCUGAACGGAGGCACCUGCAUCCAGACAGGAGAAACCAGCUACGAAUGUUCCUGUGUGCCAGGAUUUUCGGGGAAAAACUGCAACCAGAACAUCGACGACUGCCCGGGUCACGAGUGCCAGAACGGGGGCACGUGCGUCGAUGGAGUCAACACCUACAACUGCCAGUGUAAACCCGAGUUUACAGGUCAGCUCUGCCUGGACGAUGUCGACGAGUGCCAGCUCAUGCCCAACGCGUGCCUGAACGGCGGCACGUGCCACAACACCUUCGGCAGCUACCAGUGCGUGUGCGUGAACGGCUGGACGGGGGACGACUGCAGCGAGAACAUCGACGACUGCGCCAGCGCCGCCUGCUACCCUGGAUCCACCUGCCACGACCGCGUGGCGUCUUUCUCCUGCGAAUGCCCUCACGGCCGCACGGGUCUGCUGUGCCAGCUGAAGGACGCCUGCAUCAGUAACCCGUGCAAAAAGGACUCCAGCUGUGACACCAACCCUCUCAACGGGCAUCCCAUUUGUACCUGCCCCUCGGGAUACCUCGGUCCUUCCUGCGAUACGGAUAUAGAUGAAUGCUCAUUGGGCUCCAACCCCUGUGAGCACGCCGGGAAGUGCAUAAACACCAAGGGCUCAUUCCAGUGCAAGUGCCUGCGGGGCUACGUUGGAACGCGGUGCGAGCUGGACAUCAACGAGUGCAAGUCGAACCCGUGUAAGAACGAGGCCACCUGCCUGGACCAGAUAGGAGACUUCCAGUGCAUCUGCAUGCCAGGCUACGAGGGGGAGUUCUGCGAGAUCGAUACGAACGAGUGCGCCAGCAGCCCCUGCCUGAACAGCGGCAAGUGCAUCGACAAGAUCAACGCUUUCGUCUGCGAGUGCCCCACAGGCUUCACUGGGAAUCUUUGCCAGAUAGACAUAGACGAGUGUGCCAGUACACCGUGCAAAAAUGGCGCCAAGUGCACAGACGGGCCCAACAAGUACACCUGCGAGUGCACCGAAGGCUACACCGGAAGGCACUGUGAGACAGACGUCGACGAGUGCGCCUCGAACCCGUGCCACUACGGCUCCUGCGUCGACGGCCUGGCCUCGUUUGGCUGCAGCUGCAACCCCGGGUUCACCGGCAGGCUGUGCGAGACCAACAUCAACGAGUGCCUGAGCCAGCCGUGCAGGAACGGAGGCACCUGCGUGGACCGAGAGAACGCCUACAUCUGCAGCUGCCCCAAGGGGACCACAGGAAUCAACUGUGAAGUCAACAUCGACGACUGUAAGGGCAACCUGUGUCACUAUGGAACCUGCAUCGACAAGAUCAACCACUAUGAGUGUGUUUGUGAACCUGGCUACACUGGUACGAUGUGUAACAUCAACAUCGACGAGUGUGCCAUCAAUCCGUGCCACAACGGCGGCACCUGCAUCGACGACGUCAACGGCUUCACCUGCGUGUGUCCGGACGGCUACCACGACCCCACCUGCUUCUCCCAGGUCAACGAGUGCCUCAGCAACCCCUGCAUCCACGGUCACUGCGAAGACAAAAUUAACGGCUACAAGUGCCUGUGCGACUCCGGCUGGAGCGGUAAAAACUGCGACAUCAACAACAACGAGUGCGAAUCCAACCCUUGCAUGAACGGCGGCACCUGCAAGGACAUGACCAGCGGCUACGUUUGCACCUGUCGCGUGGGCUUCACGGGUCCGAACUGCCAGACCAACAUUAACGAAUGCGCCUCCAACCCCUGCCUGAACCAGGGCAGCUGCAUCGACGACGUCGCGGGGUACAAGUGCAACUGUGUCCUGCCCUACACUGGAGAAAACUGUGAAACCUUGAUGGCCCCCUGCAGCUCCAAACCCUGUAAGCAUGGAGGACAAUGCCAGGAGUCAGAGGACUACCUGAGCUUCUCCUGUAUCUGUCCUGAAGGAUGGCAAGGUCAAACAUGUGAGGUGGACAUCAAAGAGUGUGUGAAGAAUCCUUGUCGCAACGGAGCAACCUGCCAGAAUACUCUGGGCAGCUACCGCUGCAGCUGCAAACCCGGCUUCGCCGGACGCAACUGUGAGUCCAACAUCGACGACUGCAAGCCCAACCCCUGCAGCAACGGAGGCCUUUGCAAGGACGAGGUCAACAGCUUCCUGUGUACCUGCCUGCCCGGAUUUCGGGGACCAAAGUGCGAGGAGGACAUCAACGAAUGUGAGAGCAACCCGUGCCGGAACGGAGCCAACUGCACGGACUGCGUGAACAGCUACACCUGCACCUGCCCGGCUGGCUUCAGCGGGAUCCACUGUGAAAAUAACACCCCAGACUGCACAGAGAGCUCCUGCUUCAACGGGGGAACCUGUGUGGACGGCAUCAACACCUUCACCUGUUUAUGCCCGCCGGGCUUCACCGGGAGCUACUGCCAGCACGACAUCAACGAGUGCGACUCCAAGCCGUGUCAAAAUGGCGGCACCUGUCUGGACAGUUACGGCACAUACAAGUGCACCUGUCCGCACGGCUACACGGGACUCAACUGUCAGAACUUGGUUCACUGGUGCGACACGUCUCCCUGUAAAAACGGAGGAUCCUGCUGGCAGCGAGGGACCACCUACAGCUGUCAGUGCGAGACCGGCUGGACGGGCCUUUACUGUGACGUCCCAAGUGUUUCCUGCGAGGUCGCAGCCAAGCAGAGAGGAGUCGCCGUCUCCCAGCUCUGUCAAAACGCGGGCCAGUGUCUGGAUGCAGGGAACGUCCACUACUGCCACUGUCAGGUUGGAUACACGGGGAGCUACUGCGAGGAGCAGGUGGACGAGUGCUCACCGAACCCCUGCCAGAACGGAGCCACCUGCUCCGACUUUCUGGGCGGAUACUCCUGCAAGUGCUUGCCGGGAUACAUGGGGCCCAACUGUUCCACGGAGAUCAAUGAGUGCUCCUCCCAGCCGUGCCAGAACGGGGGCACCUGCAUUGACCUGAUCAAUACCUACAAAUGCUCCUGUCCCCGAGGAACCCAAGGCGUACACUGCGAGAUCAACGUCGACGACUGCACCCCGUCCACCCACCCCGACACCAAAGAGCCCAAGUGCUUCAACAACGGCAGGUGCGUGGACGGAGUGGGCGGCUACCACUGCAUCUGCCCCGCCGGGUACGUGGGGGAGCGAUGCGAGGGGGACGUCAACGAGUGCCUCUCCAACCCGUGCGACCCGCGGGGCACGCACAGCUGCAUCCAGCUCACCAACAACUACCGCUGCGAGUGUCGCACCGGCUACACAGGUCAGCGCUGUGACCAAGUGUUUAACGGCUGCAAGGGCAAACCUUGCCGUAACGGAGGCUCCUGCGCUGUGGCCAGCAACACCCCGCAUGGUUUCAUCUGCAAAUGCCCCUCUGGUUUCACCGGCUCCACCUGUGAAUACGACUCCCAAGCCUGCGGCAGCCUCCAGUGUCGCAACGGGGGCACCUGCAUCUCCGGCCACAACGGCCCCAAGUGCGUAUGUCUGCCCUCGUUCACGGGGCCCGAGUGUCAGUACCCCACGGACAGCCCGUGCAACUCCAGCCCCUGCUACAACGGCGGCACGUGCCAGUACGCCGCCGAGGCGCCGUUCUACCAGUGCGUCUGCCCCGCCAACUUCAACGGCCUCCGCUGCCACAUCCUGGACUACGGCUUCCGCGGGGGCCACGGCCAGACCAUCCCGCCGCCGACGGACGUGGAGGUGGCCUGCGGCAUCCCGCAGUGCGAGGAGCACAAGCACAACAAGUUCUGCGACGUGCUCUGCAACAACCACGCGUGCGGCUGGGACAACAGCGACUGCUCGCUCAACUUCGACGACCCGUGGAAGAACUGCUCGGCGGCGCUGCAGUGCUGGAGGUACUUCAACGACGGGAAGUGCGACGCGCAGUGCGACAACGCCGGGUGUCUCUACGACGGCUUUGACUGCCAGACUCUGGAAGGACAGUGCAAUCCUCUGUAUGACCAGUACUGUAAGGACCACUAUGCCGACGGCCACUGCGACCAGGGCUGCAACAACGCCGAGUGUGAGUGGGACGGCCUGGACUGCGCCAGCACGCCGGAGAAGAUCGCCGUGGGCCAGCUGGUCGUGGUCGUCCACAUCACCCCCGAGCAUCUCCUCAACAACUCCUUCGGCUUCCUGCGCGAGCUGAGCCGCGUUCUCCGCACCAACGUCAUCUUCAGGAAGGACCCCAAGGGGGAGACGAUGGUCUACCCGUUCUACGGCAGCGAGCACGAGCUGACGAAGUACAAGGUGAAGCGUUCGCUGGACUCCUGGUCGGAGGUGCCGGAGAAGGUGCUAAACGUGGUGAAGAGGAGUCUGCACGAGGUGGUCGGCGGCGGCGGGAGGGAGAAGAGGGAGCUUGAUCACUUGCAAAUCAAAGGCUCAAUUGUCCACUUGGAGAUGGACAACCGUCAGUGCAUCCAGCAGUCCAACGAGUGUUUCCAGAGCACCGACGACGCCGCUGCGUUCCUCGGAGCCCUGGAGUCCAGCGGCAAACUGGACGUCCCGUUCACCAUUGAAGCUGUCUAUAGCGGCGUCGACCUGCAGCCCGCCGACGGACUCUACGCCAUCUACCUGGUCCUGGGCGGCGUCGGGAUCCUGGCCUUCCUGGGCGUGGGGAUGGUGGCAGCACGGAAGCGGCGGCACGAGCACGGGCGCCUGUGGCUCCCCGAGGGCUUCAAGACCACGGAGACCAGCAAGAAGAAGAGACGGGAGCCGGUCGGGGAGGACUCGGUCGGGCUGAAGCCGCUGAAAAACACCUCGGAUAUUUCACUGAUGGACGACAACCCGAGCGAAUGGGCAGAGGAUGAACCUGUGGAUGUGAAACGCUUCAAACUGGAAGAGCAGGCUGUGCUGGACGCGGACGACCAGACCGACCACCGCCAGUGGACCCAGCAGCACCUGGACGCCGCCGACCUGCGCAUCCCCUCCAUUGCUCCCACCCCCCCUCAGGGCGAGAUUGAAAAUGACUGCAUGGACGUCAACGUGCGAGGACCAGAUGGAUUCACGCCCCUGAUGAUCGCGUCCUGCAGCGGCGGCGGAUUAGAGACGGGCAACAGCGAGGAGGAGGAGGACGCCUCCGCCAACGUCAUCAACGACUUCAUCUACCAGGGCGCCAACCUGCACAACCAGACGGACCGCACCGGUGAGACGGCCCUCCACCUGGCUGCCCGCUACGCCCGCUCCGACGCCGCCAAAAGGCUGCUGGAGGCCAGCGCCGACGCCAACAUUCAGGACAACAUGGGCAGGACGCCUCUGCACGCCGCCGUGGCCGCUGACGCCCAGGGAGUCUUCCAGAUUCUGAUAAGGAACCGCGCCACGGAUUUGGACGCCCGCAUGCAUGAUGGCACCACACCCCUGAUCCUGGCUGCCAGGCUGGCUGUGGAGGGCAUGGUGGAGGAGCUCAUUAACUGCCACGCAGACGUGAACGCCAUCGAUGAUUUUGGUAAAUCAGCCCUCCAUUGGGCCGCUGCGGUAAAUAACGUGGAGGCCGCCAUUGUCCUACUGAAGAACGGCGCCAACAAGGACAUGCAGAACAACAAGGAGGAAACCCCGCUAUUCCUGGCUGCCAGAGAAGGAAGCUACGAGACCGCCAAGGUCCUCCUGGAUCACUUUGCAAACCGGGAAAUAACCGACCACAUGGACCGGCUCCCCAGGGACAUCGCGCAGGAGAGGAUGCACCACGACAUCGUGAGGCUGAUGGACGAGUACAACCUGGUACGGAGCCCCCCCAUGCACGGAGGGUCCCUGAGCACCACGCUGUCCCCCCCUCUUUGCUCACCCAGCGGGUUCCUGGGCAGCAUGAAGCAGCCCCAGCCUCAGGGACAAGGCCAGGGCAAGAAAGCCCGCAAGCCCAGUCACAAGGGCAUCGGCUGCAAAGACGGCAAAGACAUGAAGCUGAAGAAGAAGAACUCCCAGGACGGGAAGUCUGGGACCCUCCUGGACAGCUCGGCUGUCCUGUCGCCGGUAGACUCGUUGGAGUCCCCCCACGGGUAUGUGUCCGAUGUGGCCUCACCCCCUAUGAUGGCCUCCCCUUUCCAGCAGUCGCCGUCCGUGUCCCUCAACCAUCUCCAGGGCAUGUCCGACCCACAUUUGGCCGUGAACCACAUGGUGAUGCCGAACAAGCAGGAGCUGGCCCGGAUGCAGUUUGACCCGCUGCCUCCCCGCCUCACCCACCUGCCGGUCUCUGGCUCGGCCGGUCAGGGCCCCAUGAACGGCCAGUGCGACUGGCUGUCCCGGAUGCACAGCAGCAUGAGCCAAGCGGGACAGUUCAACCCCAUGAGAGGGGCCCCCGGGGGCCAAGGAGGUCUGCACCAGGGCGGGCAGCACGGAAGGAUGGCAGCAUCUCUGCACAACGGCCACCCCAACUCCGGCUUGUCGCAGAUGAUGACCUACCAGGGGAUGCAGGGCACCCGGCUCGGGCCUCAGAGCCACAUGAUGCAGCAGCAGGCUCAACAAAUGCAGCAGAUGCAGAACCUCCAGCAGCUUCAGCAGCAGCAGCAGCAGCAGCAGAGCAUCCAGCUGCAGCAUCCGAACUCUAACUCAGCCAGCAGCCAGAACUUCAUCAGCGGAGACCUCAGCUCCCCGGAGCUGCAGCAGGGCACGGGAAACUCCAGCAUGCCCAUGCACACCAUCCUCCCACAGGAGACCCAGAUCAUGUCCUCCUCCAUCAGCCAGUCCAUGCCCAGCACCCAGUUCCUCACCCCGCCCUCCCAGCACAGCUAUUCGGGCCCAAUAGACAACACCCCGAACCAUCAGGUCCAGGUGCCCGACCACCCCUUCCUGACCCCGUCCCCCGGCUCCCCUGACCAGUGGUCCAGCUCGUCCCCCCAUUCCAACAUGUCCGACUGGUCCGAGGGCAUUUCAAGUCCUCCGACGAGCAUGCAGUCCCAGAUCGGACAUAUAUCGGAACAGUUCAAAUAGAGAGCUAGUAUCUCCACACUCUGCUGUACAUAUCCUUUUUUUUUUUUUUCUCCGUAAAAAAAAAAUAAAAAUAAAAAAAGCCCUCUGUGAAAAAACAAACGGAAAAGGGCAAAGCUGUAAUCAAGAUGUAGGACUUUUAUAAACUUUUCUACUAACAGCAGCAUCUGUGCUUCGUUUCGUUUUUGUAUUUAUUACGGUUGUAUUUAUGCUUGUCGCCUGCCUGUUGAGAACAGAGGCAGCCGUGGGGGUCGGGUCCGGACCGGAGACGCUUCUCCCUUACAGAGCGCAUCUUCUGCAGUAACGUGGCAGCAUACACACUGGCUAUUUAUUUCCCUAGAGGCUCUCAGUCUUUGUCUUUAUUUGCAUAUGAUUUCUCUCUGUUUAUACCUUGUAUAAUCCUGUUUAUAAUUAAAGAAAAUGUGAUUGAGGAUAGAGCACUAAGUUUCAGUGUUAUCUCAGUUUGUUUGAAGAUGUGACGAGAUUCCUGUGAUCGGUGACACGGGAGGCUUUUUGAUCCUUUUUAAACAUCCGCUGAAUGUUAGCCACGCUCUCUAGGG